AACAACUCUCUCUUUCUCUCUCUUCAACGCAACACAAAGUCACAAACUAACAACAACGAACGAAACUCGAACAACAACAACAACGACAACAUAGUUUGUGUUUUGUGAAACCGAAACGAGAUUCAUCUCCAAAUUUCGGUUCUUUCGUUCCAGAGCCCUUGAUUUCCCCAUUCACCAUACUUACAGGGCUCUGGUGUUCAAGGCCAUUCAUCCAGUGUGCAAAGUAAUCCCAAAAAAAUGUCAAUUCUGAAGGUGGUUCAAAAAAUUCAGAACUCCUUCCGGAAUUCCUGAAAUCUGGUCCUAGGAAAGAACUUCUGAGAACGUCCUUUGAUAAGGACAAAAAGAACAGUUCUACAAAGAUCAGGAUGACAGAAACAAAGUCAACUAGCAAGAUUUCCAAGAAACAGGAUUCGAAAAAAUAUUCUGCUCCCAGCAAUCAGCUUUCAAGGAAACAACAUCGAAAGGGUGAAAACCCUACUCGAUUCAUUCCAACCUCCGACCCACCUUCUGAUUUUGGACAUUCUGACUCGUGGAUCUGUAAGAAUUCGGCUUGUAGAGCAGUUCUGUCUAAAGAUGAUACAUUUUGUAGAAGAUGUUCUUGCUGUAUUUGCCACCUUUUCGAUGAUAACAAGGACCCUAGUCUUUGGUUGGUUUGCACAUCCGACUCAGCCCAAGGGGACUCCUGUGGUAUGUCUUGCCACAUCGAGUGUGCUCUUCAGCAUGAAAAAGUGGGAGUAGUUGAUCAUGGGCAACUGAUGCAACUAGAUGGCAGUUAUUGUUGUGCAUCCUGCGGCAAAGUUACUGGGAUACUUGGAUGUUGGAAGAAGCAGCUAAAUAUAGCAAAAGAUGCUCGGCGUUUAGAUGUGCUGUGUUACCGGAUAUAUUUGAGCUUCAGGCUUCUGAAUGGAAGUUUGAGAUUUAAACAACUUCAUGAAAUUGUACAAGAGGCGAAGGCUAAAUUAGAAACGGAAGUUGGUCCAGUUAAUGGGGUUUCUUCCAAGAUGGCACGCGGCAUUGUCAGCAGACUCCCUAUUGCCGGUGAUGUACAGAAACUCUGCUCUCUUGCUAUUGGGAAAGCCGAUGAAUGGUUGGCCACUGUUCCCAGUUCAAAUCCAGAAUCCGGAGAGGGCUCCCUUCCCGCGGCCUGCAAGUUUGUUUUCGAAGAGGUAACAGCUUCAUCAGUCAAAAUAAUUUUGAUUGGAAUAUCAAAUGCAUCUUCCGAGGAAAUUAAGGGUUACAAGCUCUGGUAUUACAAGAGUAGGGAGGAAUCACACACAAAAGAUCCUGUUUGUGUCUUUCCGAAAGCUCAGAGGAGGAUUUUGAUAUCUGAUCUCCAGCCAUGCACAGAAUAUACUUUUAGGAUUAUAUCUUAUACCGAUAAGGGCGAUUUAGGUCAUUCUGAGGCCAAGUGUUUCACCAAGAGCAUAGAGAUAUUGGAAAAAAGUCCGUCUUCAUCGGUUGCCAUCAGCCGCAAGAAGGAGAGCCUUCAAACUGGAGACAAUUCUUUUGGAUCCAAAACGGAGCCGAGUUCUUCAAUGGUUGACUCUGGAUUUAAAGUUCGAGACCUUGGAAAACUUUUGCAUCUUGCCUGGGCUCAAGAACAAGGUUGCUUGGAGGGGUUUUGCGGAGCGGAUUUGAGAAAUUGCUGUGCACAAAGAGAAAUGAUUGUGCCUCGCAAUCUAGAAGAGCGGUUCCCUUCCGUUUCACGAGGCCUCGAUUUAAAUGUUGCUUCGGUGCCUGAUUUAAAUGAAGAACUUACACCUCCUUUCGAGUCUUCCAGGGACGAAGAUAAUGGUUGCACUUUGCAGCAGGCAGUUGAGCCGGACGACGAUGCAGCCUCUCAUGAUCUCGAAAAAAACUGUUUGGCAGGGUCGGAUGGUAGUGGUGAUUCCCAAAUCUGGACACAAGGGCCGACCGGAGAAGUUCCAGCUGUUGACUCUCGCGUAGAUGCAUGCAAGAAAAGGUUAGCAAGCUCGAACGAAGAGGCGCAUGAUUGUGACAGCACUCUGAUGAAUGGGUCUCCUUUGCACAUAGCGGAUGGUUCGUUCUCAUUGGACGAGAACUUCGAAUAUUGUGUGAAAGUGAUUCGUUGGCUAGAAUGCCAGGGUCAUAUUAAACAGGAGUUUCGGUUGAAGUUGCUGACAUGGUUCAGUUUGAGGUCGACGGAGCAAGAACGUAGGGUGGUUAACACAUUCAUUCAGACUCUGAUCGAUGAUCCGAGUAGUUUGGCCGGGCAACUCGUCGACUCAUUCUCCGAUAUUAUAUCAAUCAAGAGGGCAAGAAAUGGGUUGUGUAACAAAGCUGUGGGAUCAAAUUAAGGGUGUGGGUUUGCUUCUUUCAAGGCUCUUACCAUUUUACAGUGACAAGAUCACCUUGUACAGGCAUUUUUUAUUGCUCACCUUCUAAGUGAUUCAUUAUUGUUAUUAUUGGGGACAUUGAUGUUUCUUUGUCCUGCUAAAGGGAUUUGCAUUGAUGAUUAUUGCAGAGGCAGUAACACAUUUUUCCUUGGAGGGAUGAUCCUUGGAAGUGAAGAUUUAAGGAUGUUAGGUCUUAGGAGGCAUUUUGCUAUUUGCUCAAUUUAUUGCAAUUAUUUUUAAAACUAUGAAUUUAUUUAAUCAGCAAGAUAUUAUUAGUGUUGAUACUUUCUCUUUCUUUCUCAUUUUUCAAUUACGUUCAUUUGAUGGAGCGACAAGAUGUGAUUGCUGAUUCAAUUUCUGCUUCAAGCUUCAUUUUUUGUUACUUUAUGCCGGUUCUCUUUUUAAUCAAUGUAGGUUUAUACCCCAACUAGUGUGAAUCCUUGGUCGACCUUGGUUAUCAUCAUAGGAUAUUUAAGGGUUCUUUAACCCUAAUGUAAAUUCACUCAAGC